GAAGGAGAAGGAGAAGGAAGAAGAGAAGGAGGAGAAGAAGAAGGAGAAGAAGAUGCUUCUUUAAAAGCCGGCCAAGGAACCGGAGGGCGGAACGGGCGCCAGAGCUACCCGGGGACUCUGCCUUCCGCCGGGCGGAUGCGCCAGUGACCUCGUCGCCCAGGCGAGCCAGCUCCCCCUCCGGGCCCAGGCGAGCCAUGCCGCCUCUCUUGCGGGGGUCCUUCUGGCUGUGCCUGGCCCUGCUGCCCGGCCUGGGCGCGCCGAUGCCGACGGAGAUCGUGACUCCCAUCCGCCUGGAUCCGGAUCUCAACGGGCGGCAGUACUUCCAGCGGGCUGGCGAGGAGCCCCCUCAGCAAGGGGCCAUCUUCCAGAUCACCGCCUUCCAGGAGGAUUUCUACUUGAACCUGAGCCCCGACGCCCAGUUCCUGGCGCCCGCCUUCGCCACCCGCUACCUGGGCGCUCCGCGGAGGGCUGGGCACCGGGACUUGCGCCGCUGCUUCUACUCCGGCGACGUCAACUCGGAUCGGGACUCGUUCGCCGCCCUGAGCCUCUGCGGAGGGCUGACCGGCGCCUUCGGCUACCGCGGGGCCGAGUAUCUCAUCAGCCCGGUCCGGAACGCCAGCAGCACCGAGGGCGGCGGCGGCGGCGGCGGCGAGGCGCUGCGCAACAACCAAGGGGCGCACCUGUUGCAGCGGCGGAGCGCGCCUCGCCACUCCGCGGCCACUUCUCGCUGCGGGGUGGAUUCCGCCUCUCACCCGGCUUUGGUGCAAGCCCUGGAGAAGUACAAGGGCUCCGGGUCCAGCGGGGCCAAGCCGCCGGGCCAGAACGAGACGGCCCGGGGGACGAUGCCCGCGGCGUCCAGGAAAAGCGGCCGCGCCAAGCGCUUCGUCUCCAUCCCCAGGUACGUGGAGACGCUGGUGGUGGCCGACGAGUCCAUGGUCAAGUUCCACGGCGAUGACCUCCAACACUACCUGCUGACCCUGAUGGCCACGGCCGCCCGGCUCUACCGACACCCCAGCAUCCAGAACCCCAUCAACCUGGCCGUGGUCCAGUUCAUGGUCAUCGGGCAGGACGACAAGGGGCCCAAGGUGACCAGCAACGCGGCGCUGACCUUGCGCAACUUCUGCGUCUGGCAGAAGAAGUGGAACAAGGGCAGCGACAAGCACCCCGAGUACUGGGACACCGCCAUCCUCUUCACCAAACAGGAUUUGUGUGGUGCUACAACCUGUGACACUUUGGGAAUGGCGGAUGUCGGCACCAUGUGUGACCCCAAACGCAGUUGCUCCGUCAUUGAGGAUGAUGGUCUUCCUUCUGCCUUUACUACAGCUCAUGAGCUAGGACACGUGUUCAACAUGCCCCAUGACAAUGUGAAGGCUUGUGAAGAAGUCUUUGGUAAACUAAAGACCAACCAUAUGAUGUCUCCCACUCUCAUCCAAAUUGACCGUAUCAACCCAUGGUCCCCUUGUAGCACGGCCAUCAUCACUGACUUCCUGGACAGCGGACAUGGUGAUUGCCUCUUGGACCAACCCACCAAACCGAUCUCCUUGCCCCAGGAACUUCCCGGUUCCAGCUACAACCUCAAUCAGCAGUGUGAGCUGGCCUUUGGCAUUGGCUCCAAGCCUUGCCCAUACAUGCAAUACUGCACCAAGCUUUGGUGCACUGGGAAGGCUCGCGGUCACAUCAUGUGCCAGACCCGUCACUUCCCUUGGGCUGACGGCACCAGCUGUGGAGAAGGGAGGUUCUGCAUGAAAGGUGCAUGUGUGGAGAGGCAUAACAUCAGUAAGUACCGGGUGGAUGGCAACUGGGGGAAAUGGGCACCUUAUGGAUCUUGUUCAAGAACGUGUGGUGGAGGUGUCCAGCUGGCUAAACGUCAAUGCAACAACCCCCCUCCAGCCAACGAAGGGAAGUAUUGCGAAGGGGUUCGAGUUAAAUAUCGAUCCUGUGGUUUGGAUCCCUGCUUUGCUUCAGUUCCAGGGAAGAGUUUUCGGGAAGAACAAUGUGAAGCUUUCAAUGGCUACAACCAUAGCACAAAUCGUCUCACCGCUAUUGUUUCUUGGGUCCCCAAAUAUUCUGGGGUGUCUCCCCGGGAUAAAUGCAAACUCAUCUGUCGAGCCAAUGGAACUGGCUACUUUUAUGUUUUAGCCCCAAAGGUGGUGGAUGGUACACCAUGUUCUCCAGACUCUAGCUCGCUAUGUGUCCAGGGAAAAUGUAUCAAAGCUGGGUGCGAUGGGAAACUUGGCUCCAAAAAGAAAUUCGACAAGUGUGGUGUGUGUGGAGGAGACAACAAAAGCUGCAAGAAAGUUUCAGGCUUGUUCACCAAACCCAUGCAUGGCUACAACUUUGUGGUGCUCCUCCCAGCUGGUGCCUCCAGCAUUGACAUCCGUCAGAGAGGCUACAAGGGUCUGAUUAGUGAUGACAAUUACCUGGCCCUGAAGAAUGCAUAUGGCAAAUAUCUUCUGAAUGGACAUUUCAUUGUCUCCGCAAUGGAAAGGGACUUAAUAGUCAAGGGCAGUGUGAUUCGCUAUAGUGGAACAGGGACAGCAGUGGAAAGCCUCCAAGCCUUUAUGCCCAUCCAGGAACCCCUGACGGUGGAAGUGCUAUCAGUUGGGAAGAUGACACCACCUCGAGUACGCUACUCCUUCUACUUGCCCAAAGAAAGCAAAGAGGACAAGUCUUCCUACCACCGUAAAGAUGGGAAGCGUCCUCCAGUCCUCAACAACAGCAUUCUCAGCCUCUCCAACCGCCUGGACCUGGGUCAGUUGGAUUACAAACGCCCCGCUUACAAAUGGGCUACCACCAACUGGGAAGACUGUUCAGUCACUUGUGGCAACGGUCUUCAGAAACGCAUGGUGCUCUGUCGUGAUGUCCUUGGCCAGCUGGCCUCCUCUUGCGAUGCCACUCAGAGGCCUGUUGACAUCAGGAUAUGUGGAGAUCCUUGCCCAACUUGGGAGGCAUCUCCCUGGUCCUCAUGCUCCAAAACUUGUGGCAGGGGGUUUAAAAGGCGCAUACUGAGAUGCACAGGGCGGGGUGGCAUCCUGCUGCCCCGCGAACGCUGCAACCUCAGGAAGAAACCACAGGAGUUGGACUUUUGCACCCUGAGACCUUGCUGACCAGGCUGUCUCCACAACUGACCAAAGUCAAAUGUGCUACUUUCUGACUCUCGGUGAUCAAGUGGCUGAAAGUGUAAAAAUAGC